AUGGAUCAUCCAGCUAUAUUUUUAACUUUAGUCAAUUUAAGCGGUGGUAUGAUGGGAUACCAACGUAAAGGGUCACUAAUAUCUCUACUUGGUGGAACUACUUUAUCUGCAACAUUUGCAAGAGCAGCAUAUUUAAUUCGUUACAAAAUAGAUGUAGCACAAGGGAUUUCCAUUGCAUUGUAUUCAUCUUUAGUGUUAUUUAUGGUAGGGAUGAUUAGAGGUGUAUCUAGUAAUUUUGAAAAGCAAGUCCCUAUUAUUCUAAUAUGUUUUGGAUUGUUAAGUAGUUUAUAUUAUUUUUAUAAAUCUACCAUCUAUUAA